ACGAAAAAAUCUCUCCAAAUACCCCCUCAGUAUGGCGGGUUUUACCAUCUAUUCGUUGCUGAUUCUCGGAACCAGCCUGGUCGUCGCGUUGGGAUCGCAGCAUUCACCGUAUUCCCUACAGGCUGCCAUUGAUGCCCUGCAUCGCCGAGAAGCUCAGCUAGCCCUGCGAGAGGAGGCCGCUGCCGAACAAAUGGAUGAGGAUGGGUACUGGAUGGAGCCAACCGAAGAGCAGCAACAGCAGUUCCGUCCGAACCGGCAAAGAUUAAACCGCAUUCUGGCAAACUACUUGCGGCGUGAUGAAGACCCAGAAGAUGGUUACGAUCCUUACGAUUUGGACACACGCAAGCGUUCCGUGUUUAGAGAGCGUGAUGAACAAUCUUCCUAUCCGACCGUUUUCCGUGAGCGGGAGCUUGAGAAAUCAUACCCACAUCCCGAUUUGUCCGCUGACUUCUUGCGAGCGGUAGAUCGGCAGGCGAUCGCCGAGCGUGAGGAAGAGUUCCAGGAUCGUUUGCAGCAGCUGUGGGACAAGUAUCAGCAGGAGGAGAACGAAAUCGAACAGCGGCUCUUCGAAGACGAACCAAUGGUCCCACUGUCCGGUGCGGGUGGGUACGAAAAGCGGCAAGGUUUCCCCAUGUCCGAGUCGGAACCAUCUCCCGCACACUACGGUCCGCCGAUGCAGGAACGCAAACGAUCCCUGCCGAUUCUUCCCUGGCUGCCAGCGACACGCAAGAAGCGAUUCCCGGUGGCCAAACGAUCACCCAAACCCGAAGCACCACCAUCCGGCACCGACGAGAAGGUGGCCAAGGAUUUGCAGGCCCUAUUCGGAGCUCCGAUCGAGCAGAAGCGCAAACGUUCCAGCGAACCGGCAAGCGGACCAAGUUCCACGGCAAGCUCUGGGGUGACCACGGCAGCUGCUGCUACAACCGAAGCGAACAAAGCCAAGCGAGAAUCAAGCGAUGAGCAUCACGAACACAGCUCGGAGGAAGGACCGGAAGAUGAAGAACAUGAGCACGACCACGAACACGAUCACGACCACGAGGAUUCGAGCGAAGAGUUUGAGGGUGAGGAUGACGACAAAAAGAAGAAACGGUCCGUGCGCAAACGAUCCAACCUGGAGGUGGUGAAGGAAGAUCAAAUCCUGCCGGGAGAUAUUGGGGAGUUUAAGUCGAAGAAAUCGAUCCAAUGGAACAAGUACUUCGGUAUGGAUCGCAGGAAAAAGGAUGGUCGGAAUGGUGCCGGCAGCGGACCCGUCCCAUACCCGCUGAGCUUUUACAAGACGUACGAUGAGGAUCGCAAGAAGAAGAACAUAAAUCAGGACAAGCUGGAAAGCAUGGCACAGAAGCUGAAGAGCAUCGAGGAUCUCAUUCUGGACCAGACGGUUAAGUACACGGGCGAUCAUGAAGGACUUAUUACCGAACCGGAUGAGCUGGAAAAGUUGAAGGACAAGCUGGUGGCACGUUUGGCCACUGCGUACAGCAUCGAGAAGAUGCGCCACACGCUGGAAAGGCUGAAGGAUUCGGUGAGCGAUGAUCAGUUGAAGCUGAACGAGGUGGAACCGGAACAGCCCCGCGAAGAAAAGGAAAAGGCCAAGCGAGUCGCUGUGAAGAAGGAGCGAGCUGAAUACGAUCAUAGCCAACACAGCAUGGAAGGCAACGAUAAGGUAGCGCACGAUGAGGUCGAAAACAAUCUCGACGAGGUGGAGGGCGAUAAGAAGAAGAAGAAGCGUGCCCAGAAGCGAUACCAGGUGAUAUUCCGCGGCCCGGAGGAGCCCGAGCUGGAUGAGGAUUUUAGUCGAGGGUUGGUUGUUGAGUCCACUGAAUGUCCACUGCUAGAUGCAUUCGAGAGGCGAUGUCGUGGAGUAGACGUGCUGAGCGGUGAUAUCUAUCAGGAGCUUCUUCCGGCUUGCGGGGCCCAUCAACUAUGCUAUCUAUGCGGUGUUUCACCGAAAGUUUGUGACCUACAGUAUCUCUCGGAGGCGGACAACAUAUGCGAGAACCAACCGGACUGCCAGACGACCGCCCGAUCCGUGCUGAUGAUACUGCGAGGCUUUCCCGGGCCACAGCUUGGUCCGCGCGAGUGCGCCAAGAAUCCCUGUCUCUACCGGGCCAUGGUUGAGGUCGGUGUCGUUGUAACCCGGGAAAUGUCGUCUGCUAGGGUUCCACCAUCUCAGCAGCAGGAAUUCUACGGCCCGGAUACACCAACGUUCGAUCUGAGCUGGGACUAUAACUACGACAGUACGCUAGCUGCUCCACCGAACAAUGUGCCACCCGUCGUGCACAGUGGCGAGAAUCGAAUUAUCACCGCGCAACCACAGUCUCAGCUUCACAGUGAACGCGAUGGUGUCAACCUGCGAAUAAUGCCGCCCCAAUCGGGUGAUCAUAUACAGUCCAUCAACAGUCCCUUCCUGACGCCUUUCUCACCCCGAGCCGGGCUAGACUUUCUGUAUGGGCUUCCGUCCGUGUUUAUACAACAGAGUUACGAACUUAAUGAAUUACUAUCAGGCGUCUCAUCGGAUAAUCGGUUUACAAUAAGAGGACCUUCGAACGAGGCACUUUACGGCGCGUCGGAAACAUCCGACCCGAAGGACCGCUUCUGGGGCUCACUGCGUCCAUUCAGUCUAACGCUGGUGGAUCGUAGCCAUCAGGAGGUGCUGCUGUUUAAGAAAAAUCUCGGCUGCGGUGUGUUUUGUUGCUUCUGCAAGAACCAGUUCCUGGAGGUGUGGGCCAGCCCGGGCGAGCUGAUCGGCUGCAUACAGCAGGACUAUGGGAUACUGUCGCAGGAGAUCAUUCUCAUGAACAGUGAUAUCAACACGAUGUUUCGCAUCCCGAUAUCGUUCGUCAAUGCGAUACGGAUGCCGAAGGAGACCCACUUCCGGGUGCUGGACCGCGAUCGUAUGACGCAGAAGGGUACGAUCACGCGCGCCUGGAACGUUAAUACGGCGAGCUACACAAACAACAUCUACUACUCCGAUCCGACGAUGGACGUCAAGUUUAAGUCGCUUUUCAUAGCGGCAGCCUUCAUGUUGGAAUAUCUAUACUUUCAAUCAAAUUGCUGUUAG